UCACGAGGCUGCAGGUGCCUGAUUUCCACUGUGCGGCCGGGCGCCUGCCGUCUCCGCGGAAGCCGCUCCUGACCCGCCAGCGCUGCCCACGGUGAUGUUGGACUCAGUGGUGCACAGCAACUUCCUGCCCAGCGCGUCCUGCGACCCCCUGAUGUCGUGGACCGACCUGUUCAGCAGUGAGGAGUACUACCCUGCAUUCGAGCGUCACACAGCCUGUGACCCCUGCUGGUCGUCCGUGCACCCCGAACACUGGACCAGGGGCCACGUCUGGGACUGGCUGCAGUUCUGCUGUGACCAGUACAAGCUGGAUGCCAGCCGCAUCGCCCUCUGCCACUUCGACGUCAGCGGCCCGCAGCUGUGCGCCAUGACGCAGGAGGAGUUCGUGGAGGCGGCCGGCGCCUGCGGGGAGUACCUAUACUUCAUUCUGCAGAGCGUCCGUGCACAAGGUUACACCGUCUUCAGUGACGCUGAAGAGACCAAGGCCACCGUCAAGGACUACGCCAACUCCAACUGCCUGAAAAUGAGCGGUGUUGAAACCCAGGACUGCCACAGCCAGAGCCGGGCCAGCCUCCCCAGUUCCCACCUGUGGGAGUUUGUGCGCGACCUGCUUCUGUCUCCGGAGGACGGCUGUGGCGUCCUGGAGUGGGAGGACAGGGAGCAGGGCGUUUUCCGGGUGGUUAAAUCAGAAGCCCUGGCAAAGAUGUGGGGACAGAGGAAGAAAAACGACAGGAUGACCUAUGAGAAGCUGAGCAGGGCUCUGAGGUACUACUACAAAACGGGGAUCCUGGAGCGGGUGGACCGGAGGCUGGUGUACAAGUUCGGGAAAAACGCCCACGGCUGGCAGGGAGAUAAGCCCUGAGCUGCCCCGGCCUCAGGCUGCUCGGGGUUUCCCUUUCCAAACCCUCGGAUGGCAACAGACAUCGGAAAGUCUCUCUUCAACCUGCAACGCUGAUCAACCUUCCCGUCUCGGCCUACACCGGAUUUAGAGCUAUCGGGGUGGCAGCAGCGGCAUCCCUUACGAACCCCUCCUCCGACCGCCCCGGGAGGAGCGGGUGGCCUUCGUGGCAUUCGAUCGCUAUGGUUUCCCUCGCCGAGAGGCGCAGACCCACCCUGGCAGCACCAUGGCCGCUUGGACGGGAAGGAGCGAUCCUGCACUGGAGUCGCAGCCACGGCCUGCCCGAGCUCCAGCCGGCCUAGGUCCCAGCGGGAGCGCGGUUCGUGUAGCUGGCGGUAGGAGUGGGGAGCUGAGACUCAGACACGUUCUUCAGACUUUAAAUCAGGAAAGGCAGAUUCCAAAGGCAAGUUUAGGUCAUAAAAGAGCGGGCCAUAAGCUGGGACACGCUUGGGUCCAGGCGGUUUCCAGCCAGUGUCUUCUCCGGAGCUCCCUGGCCAUGCGGCGGUCCGUGGCCGUCCUUCCGGAGUGAAGCGCUCACAGUCAGCCGUGUCCUCCCCGCUCCUCACUGGUGGCUGGCAUGCCAUCGGCAAAGAGCCCCCACUGUCUCUGUGACCCAGGCGGCCGACGUGCAGAACCGCCGUGAUCCAUCGAUUCUGUCUGUGGUGAGGACGUCAGCUGUUCCUGGAACCAAAAUGUCCCCACAGCCUUGUAAAGGCCAGCGCACGGUGAGCCCUGGCUGGCCCUGAACAGGUUUCCGUGACAAAGCCGUGACAGUGGGUGCACACCAGUCCACGGCCCGGUUCAAGCCUAUGCUGACGUUUCUCAGUCCCUGGAAGCAGGUGGCCGUGACCCGCAGCCAGGUGGGCCACCAGCCUCCCUCCCUGGCACGGGCCAAGCAGUGAGGCCCUGAACCGCCACGCAGGCCGAGGCGCCAUGCCUAGAGUUUAACUCCAAAAGUACCUUGUUUAAGAAAAAUGUGAAUUACUGUAAGAUCAUCUGUUUUUGGAGCCAUGUGUUUUCCAGGUGGACAUAGUUUGUAAACCAUGUGAAUAAAAUAUUUAAUAUAC